GUUAUAUUCAGCUUAAAAUGGCUGAGAGAAAAACUUGAAGGGAUUUUUUGUUAAGACAGAUGGAGCAACAAGCGGAACAAGUGUUGUCUCUACGUUUGUCCCGUGUUUUGGACGACAUCGGGGUGAAUAGGUACAUGAUCGCCAGGAGGAGGAGGACGUGGCUGAUGAUGGAGACAAGCAAUACAAUCAGUGAUUCAUUAGAAGGUACAAACAUUAAAAUAUAUCAGUUUGGCAGCCAGAGUGAGGGAACUACAACACUUGGUAUGCAAUCAGACAUUGAUACAUUGCUCUGCAUUGAUUUUCCCGUCAUAUUGGACUGGGAUGAGUGGCAGCAGGGAAAGCAUCAACUCCUUGUUGUCAAGACAGACCAGUUCCCACCCCAGCACUGUUGGCUUCAAUGGCUGUUACCUGACAUUCCAUUACCAAGGACACAUGUCAUACUUCCCAGUGAGGUGAUAGACAAUGAAGGCAGAGUGCUGUAUACAAACUCUCAGAUGGAAUUACAUGACAUUAUCAGAGAAUGUAGCUCAUCAGGUGAACUAGUGCAACAUGGACCAUCUAAAAGCUAUGAUGAAAAUGAUCAUGUUAUUGCCCAUCACUGUUGCAGUCUCCCAAAUGAUUGUCAGUUCCUGUUCCACAGACCCCGGCCUGGACACUGGCCCAGACCUGACACACUGGCCAGGGCCAGACAAACUGGAGUGUUUCUGGUGCCACAGGGAUAUUCAGAGUGUCCUUCAAGACCAACCAGAUGUCGCUCUACUGCACUUCAUGUCACCCCAAAUAACCCAUAUUAUCCACAGUCAAACUGGGAAUGGAGGUUUUCUACAUCAAUGAUGGAAAGAUUACUGAUGUUUGACAUGAACACUGUGCAGUACAAGACAUAUGUAUUCAUUAAAAUAUUAAGAAAAACUUUCUUAAAGCCUGUUGUUGGAGACCGUCUCAGUACAUUUCACAUGAAGACUGCAAUGCUGUUCACAAUAGAGACAUAUCCACCAGAGAUAUGGAGAGAAGAAAACCUUGUACAGUGUGUGAUCUACUGUCUGACCACACUUCGCAGGUGGCUGAAGUUGAAACACUGCCCACACUACACUAUAGCUAGAGUGAAUCUUUUAACAGGGAAACUAUUCAAACAUGAACUCCCAAUAUUGUCUGCAAUGCUUUCCUCCUUAAUGGAAUCCAAUAUGCCCUACAUUCCACAGAUAGACAUGGAUUUACUUGGAGACAAGAUGCUGGGUAUAAGCAGAAGCAUUGUUUGUGAAAGUUACGAAAGGAAGAAAAACAAUCAACUGAUCCUAACAAAUCUGAAUAAAGAAUACAAUGAUUCAAUAGUAGCAGAUCAUGAAGAUGUCAUAACUGACUUUUCUAUGUGCACUUGGGAUGAGAUCAAUGCACUCAUUAUAGAACAUCUUCACACUUUACAACAAAUAUCCCAAAAUGGGACAGACUUGGAACAAGAAUCAGCUACAGUGAUCAUGCCUCUGUUGUAUAGUUCAUUUGCUUCCCUCAUAGCCUCAAUGUGUAUUCACAUAGGCCAAUCAAUAACACAGGACAUUCUCCACCUGUACCACCUGUCCUUUGACUCUGAUCUUCUUUCCAGUAGACUUAAGUUUGCCUCCAUGUUGUACUGCAAUGGGCAGUAUGAUGCAGCAGCAAACUGCCUGGUCUACUGUGAGGGACUGCUGGGACCAGAAGUGUGGCAAUCAUGCAAUUGUAUUGGAAGACUUCAAAUCAAACCAAGCAGUAAGUUCCUAGACAAGACUGAACAUUCAUCAAAUAAAGACAUGCUACAGAAGUUUACUGCCAUAUGUGUAUAUUUCAUGCCUCAAGAAAUGUGCUGUGUACCAGAACACCUGGUGUAUGAAAUGUUCAGAACUGUAGGAGAUGAAGACAGACAAAAGAGACACCCAGCACAUCAUUAUAAGUGGAUGGAUCAAGUCGUGAUUGACUGUAUCCCUUUCCUCUACUAUCUGCAGUACCUCACAUACAGGCAACUGCACAUGCAUCAUAGGAAACAUGCUGCCCAAAAAAAAGCUUAGCCACUAUACAUUAAGGGACAGUCAUGGACAUGGUCACAUAGACACAGCUUUAAACAUGCUGGGCAACUACUAUGAACUUGAAAACAGACUGGAUGUUGCAUGGAAAUGCUACUCCAAAUCUUUAGAAAUCUACCCCAGAAAUAAUGCAGCCAAUUGGCAUGUGGCAAGAAUACUGCAUCAGCUAGUUAACAGCUAAAUACUGCCGUAAAUAAAAUUGAAGUAUUCAAGUAUUGGUGAUAUCCUCACCAAUGAGCAUGUGCAACAUAUAAAAUUGAAAAAAAUAUAAUGAGACUUACUUUGUUUUGAUCAUAAGUGCUCUGGGAAUGUGGACCUUCCCUUGAAUCAUCUUGAACAGUCGCUCCAAGUGCUGAAACAAGAGGCAUAAACAACUGUCUGAGCAUAAAGAGAAAAGAGAACUUCCUUGAAUCAAUUUUAAUACUACAAAUGUAAUCAAGAAUUAUAAACUGUACAAAAUAUUAUUAAGAAUGGUUUUUUUAACUGUUUAUGUAUAUUUUCUAGCUAUGAUGGAAAUAUUGUCAAUGAAUUUUCACUGUAAUACUUACAUCACAAUGAAUAUAUCAAUGAUAAUGAAUUGUAAUACAAUUUGUUGAUAAACUGUAUUACCAUAAAAACUGUAUUACCAUAAACGACUGUGUAUAGCACGCAUCCAUAAAAGCAGGCAAAUAAUACAUAAAGAACUGGAAAAAAGACCUAAAUUGUCUACACUAAAAUUAUCUUAUAUCAUAAAUUAAAAAAUCCAUAAUGUUUGCUUACAAUGCCAAUUUUAAUUAUAACAAGAGCUGUCACAGAGACAGCGUGCUUGACUAUUUUGCCGCUUUUCAGUGUAAGGAUUGGCGAAAUAGCAUGUAAUACAUUAAAGGAUUAUAGCUUGUAUAUAAUGAUAUUCUAAGUCCAAUAAUAAAGGGCCAUUAUUUGCAAAAUACAAAUAUCUAACUUGGUUAUUCAAGUAGGUUGGGUGGUUGAGAACCAUUGUAUAAAGUCUCUAGCAAUACAUCAAGUAGUUGCUGAGAUACUAACAUACGUGUGUUUACAUGCCAAACCUUAAUCAGAUUUUCUAUGUUGAAUAAUGAAGAGCAAUUAUUUGCAUUAAAUGCAAACUAGAGUUAUUUUACUUGGUUUUUGAAGUAGGUUGGGUGGUUGAAUAGCAUUGUAUAAAGUGUCAACGCAAUACAUGAAGUAGUUGCUGAGAUAUUAACCUAUGUGUGCUAACAUGCAAGACCUUAACCAGAAUUUCUAAGUCGCAUAAAAAAGGGGCAAAAAUUAUAUAAUAUGCAAGAUUAUAAGUAUCUUCCAUGGCCGAGAGUGUAAGAUAGGUUCAUUCCGACCCGAGCGUAGGGUGUUUUGCUGAAACGAGGUUUACCUAUCUUACACCAGCGGCUAUGGUAGAUGAUUUUUCUCCCACCUGAUUUUUUGCUGGAACUCUUUUGUGGAACUCUUUUGUGAUUAGUGAAAAAAAAUUGCGUACGGAUAUGCAAUAAUUCGUGGUUGUCAUGGAUAUUUGCGCAGUGAUUCACAGUAUGUAAAUGGUUUGAUCGGUCUUUAAAUAUGCAUGUUUAUUUAUCAUUUAAAUACAAUAUGGUCAAAAAUCAAAAACCAUAAUUAAGACACAGCCAUUUUUUUCUCAGGAAUUCUCUAGGAAAAAAGUGAGUCCUAUACACAGUCAACCUGGUACAAUUCAGAAAAUAAAAUUUCCUGUUUUGGGGUUAUAGUGCCUUUCACAUGUACUUCUUUAUCUAAGCCUUUAUGAACAAAAAAGACUGGUUAGUGCUUAAAUUAAAUCUGAACCAAACCUAGACACAUAAAACCUUAUUGUCAUACUUACUGAAGGAUUUUCAUCA